UUAUUAGAUGUGUCACGCACGUCAUAGCCUCAAAAGUUUUUCACAACAUUGCAUGUCGAGUUAAAUGAUUUUCAAGCUCGCAAUUGUUUUCAAUUCAUUAUUUGAUUUAACUAUAGAAUCCGAAGUAAAAUGAAUGAAAACAGUCAUUCGUGCGUUUUAGACCACCAGUCAGACAACGCAGUAGUCACCGAUUCUAGUCCUCCGAAAAAUCGAAGAAAAUCAAAGAAAAAAGCUCGCGAUAAGGAAAGAAAUUGUUUUGUCAACGUGAAAUUUGCAAUCACACCCAUCAUAAAGCCAAGUUCUGGUUUUGUCAUUAAGCAGAAACUAGCCAAGAAGAAUGUGCCAAUAAAUAUCGCCCAGCAUAUUCCCAGUGGUAGUGAGUAUUUUUAUUUUGAAUCCAACAUGAAGAAAAUGACACCUGUCCAGCCCAGAAGUCAGGAAAAUGCGCAAAAUAAAUCUGGCUGGAGAUCUCAGAGAUCCAAACCAUCCUCAAAGAAAGGUCCAGGUAACAACUCAAAUCAACAGCAGGCUGCCUCAACAGAUGCUUCACCAAGGCAGCAGUCUGGGAAGAAUCAAAAGGAUGAGAAGAAGGAGUUUUUACCAUACCUAAGCAAGGAGGAGACACUUGCUGGAAUCAAGGACGGCACUAUAUUCCAAGGAAUUCUACGCAUUAAUCCAAACCAGCCAACCUCCGCAUUUUGCCCGAAUGCCGAUCGCAGCGAGCCAGAUUACUUAAUUAAUUCCCUCGCGGACAGGAACCGCGCUUUGGAAGGCGAUGUGGUUGCGGUACGAAUGCUGCCCGACCCCGAGGUUAGUGACAGGAACCUUUUUACUGUCGUACAUAUUCUUGAGCGUGUUCAUCCGCGUAUUGCUGCUGGUCAUCUGAGUAUUCUCUACCAGUGCAAACGAACGAUACCAGUUUUUACCCCUCGUGAUAAACGCUUUCCACGGAUGAAUAUACGUGGUGACUUGCCACCGAAUUUUAUGCGCCAGCACAAAAAGUACGAACAAACGCUGUUUAUUGCCAAGUUGGUCGAAUGGGACACUCCCAGGUACGGUAUCGGCACGAUUGUCGAGAAGUUAGGCGAAAGCUGUGAUCUCAUGGCUGAGAAUAAAGCCAUUUUGUUGGAAAAUAAUAUUCAUUUUGAGAACUUCUCGCCGGAAGCUUUGUCGUACAUGCCGCCAACUUUUGACUUGACUGACGAUGAAAUAAAACGGCGGUUGGAUUUGCGUGACGAAUGUAUUUUUACCAUUGACCCGUUGAGCGCCCGUGAUCUGGACGAUGCUGUGCAUGUGAAGUCAUUGCCGAAUGGUAAUUUUGAAAUUGGCGUGCAUAUAGCAGAUGUAUCAUAUUAUUUGCACGAGGAUACGCCUCUGGAUGAGUUGGUGGCGAUGAGGGCCACGACGACAUAUCUCGUCGAUAAUGUCUAUCAUAUGCUGCCGAGAGAUAUGUGCAUGGCGUGCUCAUUGCUGCCCGGUCGUGAUUGUGCGGCAUUUUCUGUCAUUUGGGAGAUGACUAAAGACGGCACCGUUGUGGAGAAGAAGUUCGCGCGAACCGUGAUUGCCAACUGCACACAAUUGGCAUACGAGCACGCACAAUGGAUGAUUAUGAAUCCGAAUGCGACUAGCUGGCCUGUUGACCUGCCGAAGAUUUACAGGUACACUCCAGCCGACAUUCAUAAAAGUGUGCUCAUAUUGCACAAUAUUGCGCAGCAAAUGCGACAACGGCGAUACGAAAAUGGCGCAUUGUAUAUAUCGCAGAUCAAAUUGGCUUUCAUGUUGAAUUCAAACGGUGACCCUAUAGACUACUACCAGCAGGAAACGAAGGAGGCCAACAAUCUCAUUGAAGAGUUUAUGUUGCAAGCAAAUAUAAGCGUGGCAGAGAAAAUUUAUCACGUCUUUCCAGACUUGGCAUUUUUACGUUGCCAUGAUGAACCGAAUCCGCGUAUGAUCAAUAAUGUCAGGGAGAAAUUGGAGAUGAUUGGUAUACAUCUAAAUGUGGAAUCUAGCGGUGAUAUACAUAAAAGUAUUCACACAUUUAAAGCGCUCGGGCCAGAUGAGUACCCGAAAUUUGUGGCUAUAAACCACAUGUUGACGAAACCAAUGACUCGCGCGACAUAUUUCUGCUCGAACGGCAGGGAAUUUGGUGAUUUUUAUCAUUACGCGCUCUCAAUUCCGAUCUACACGCAUUUUACUUCCCCAAUUCGUCGGUAUGCUGAUGUUGUGGUACAUCGCUUACUGGCCGCAGCCAUUGGACUUAGGGAUAAGCCCAUCUGGGGUGUGGAAAAGUUUCGCCAAGUUGCUCAGGUCUGCAAUGAAAUGAAAUUCAAUGCAAAGAAUGCAGGCGAAGCGAGCUGCGACCUGAUGCUGACUAAGUACAUUCAAGCCCAUCAGCCAUUUGUCGUUCCUGCGGUUGUCGUCCAGGUUUUUGAAAAAUAUUUCGAAAUCAUCGUUUUGUCCUUGGGAAAAGUUAUGCGUAUUUUUACCAAUGAGGUGGAAAAUGCUACGGUGGACGUUGAGACUGACGAAGGCCCGAACAAUAUAAAAAUGAUUAAACUGUUGAUACAUUACGUAGAAGAGGGACAACAGCCAUGCACGCAGCUCAUUGACAUUUUCCAGGUUGUUAAUAUAGCAUUAACGUAUCAGACAAAGUAUAUGAAGUUGCAUGGUAGUCUAUUGCGGCCUGGAUACAAUUUUCCGACGCGUACUCUACAGUAGCACAUUUUAACUAAAGUUAUAUUUUAUGAUUGAUAACUAAUUUUUAUCCCGCAAUUAAUACGAAACAUUUUAUGAUUUUUACAAAAAAUUGAUUUCGUAUACUAUUGGUUGAUUUUUUUUUUCUAAUUCAAGCCUCCAUAGCGUACAUAACUUAUCAAGGUCCUUUAAAUCCACAGAGAGUAACUAAAAUUGACGAAGAACUACUAUUAGUUCAAUUGAUAUAGUUUAAGUAGAUAAUAAAUAUCGUGAAAUAUGACUGAUAUUUCCUAAGUGGUAAACUUAUAUCUAGUAUCAACCAGACUAACAACUGACUAAUAAACUGCAGAAUGGCAGAAAGCACAAAAGAGCUGCGUACAAAAAAUGUAAAAAAAUGUCUGCAUUUGCAUUUGACUGUACAUCGAAGCUAGUUGUAAAUUAAUUUAUUGUGGAAGACUGGCCAAAUUUCAAUGACUGUUGAAGGUAGAUAUAGUAUUUGUAAUUUGAAAUAACACUCAUGCCUCGUAUAAAUCGAGAAGUAGAUGAAUCUGUGGAGCAGUAGAAGAAAAAAGAUGCCUCUAGGGAGAAACGUUAAACAAGGUAUACACAUAUUUGUAUUAUAGCUUUAAGUUUAAUACGUAUAAUAUAGAAUAAAUAUUUAUCGGAAUGACCCAAAGAUCACAUCUAUAAUAUAUCUUAUCGUCGCACGGCUGUCAAUUCUCAAUCCUGUUUUAUUUGUCCGUCAAUCUGUGUAGCGACUUUUAACGUAAGUAUGAAAAUUCGUUAUUCUUUUCAUACAGAACUUUUGUGAGUUUGUUUCGAUACACUAAUUUUUGUUUGUUUUAGGUGUCCAGCAACUAAUCCCGACUUUGUAGAGUAACCAUCUUUGUAUCAGAUUCAACUGAACCCGACCUUGUAUGCUAACCAUUCCACCAGAUGGGAUUUUUCUCCUGAACCUGAUAUCGUAGAAGAACCAUUCUUUCAGCACAUGGGAUUUUUCUCCUAAGCCCGAUAUCGUAAAAGAACCAUUCUUUCAGCAUAUGGGAUUUUUCUUCUGAGCCCGAUAUCGUAGAAGAACCAUUCUUUCAGGACAUGGGAUUUUUCUCUUGUGUCCGAUAUCGUAGAAGAACCAUUCUUUCAGCAGAUGGGAUUUUGCACCUGAGUCUAAUAUCGUAGAAGGACAAUUUUGCACCAGAUGGGAUUUUGCACCUGAGUUUGAUAUCGUAGAAGGACCAUUCUUGCAUCAGAUUGUAAGUAUUAAAUUUUUUUAUUAUUUUCCAAAAUAACUUUUGCUAUUAUCUUACAAAUUAACCACCAAAAUUGCAUUGUUCGAAGGACUAAUUUUUGCUGGUUUUAGGGAUUUCACUUUUAUUUAGGAUUUUUGGAACACAAGCAGAGCGUUACUCAAAUCAAAUUGAAUGAAUCAAAAGAAAUACUACCCUGAUGUUUUUAAUUUUGUUUUGUGUCUCAUAUGUUGCUUGUGCCGGCGCAGCGCGUCAGUUUUCUUGCUUAUUUAGAUAGUACUGCUCGGGUCUAUCUGCUUUGUUUACGCCUGAUAUCAAUUCUCUUUAUACUUUAGUCGAUCGCGCGCUGUGCUACGGUUAGCACGUGUUUUGUUCGUCAGUCGAUCUUCGUAGCGACUUUUCGCGUUUCUUACUUUAAUUCUGUAAUUGCCUUCAUCGGCCUUUCGUAACAGGCUAAUGUGACGCAACCUCAAUUAAUCAUCGUUUCGCCUGUGUGCUUGGGAUGUUCGUUCGGCCGGCCGUCGCUAGACAUUAUUCGCUUGUGGAAUUAUCUGCAACCGUGUUGGUCUUUAUGUGCGCCGCGUGCGUGUUCAUCGGCAGUCGUAUAUCUUCUCGAAUAUUGACCAAACUUGGAUUUAAUAUUAAUUCCUGCUGAUAGACAACGUUGGUGCCAAGUUUUUGAGUAUGGGAGUCAUGGAAUCUGCAAUAUCCAUGAAAGAAAUAUUGAAGAUGCGCACAUUUUAAGGUAAGUCUUUACUGCUACGAGAUUUGUGAUUCGUCAAUGUUUUUUUUAUUUGAAUGAUAUGUAUUUUAAAUGUUGUCAAUAAAACACAUUGUAAUUGUAA